AAUCUCAGGUGAGACUUUGAGAGCCUUGUUGCUCGCUGCGAUCCAUACAUGAGGGAAGGAAACAAUGUCUGAAUCGUUAGGGCGGAGACAUGUGCAGAGCAUUUCUGCUCUUCAUCACGGUCGGGAUGUGUCACAUGGGCACUGGUCAGCACCGGUGACUCCAACCUUUGCAAGUGGCUUCAGCUUAGAAGAUGAUCACGAUCACCACCAUGCGAAGAAGUCGGUUUUGGCAAAGGUGAAGGAGAAGGCUAAGAAGUGGAGACACAUGCUUGCUAGGAAGAAACAUGGACAUGAUGACGACAAUAUGACCCCUCCAUGGGGAGUCAGCUUGGACGAAGAGGAUGAUGAACAAGAUCCUGAAUACCACGGCGCACCAAUGUAUGAAUCAGAGACAGCUCCUGAAACCUAUAGAUUAGAGGCAACUUCCCAACAUCGGCCAGCAGCUCAAAGCCCCAGCGAAAUGGAGAAAUCAGCAGUUUUGCAGCCCCACAAUGCAAACAAAGAAUCAGAAAUGAAACAAGGUAACGAUAAGCUCGAACAACCGGUGCUGAACCUCCUUGAUGCCAUCAAGGAGACAUCAUCUUCCCAUGAUUCAGUUGCAUUUUUUUUCUUUUUUCUUUUUCUGAUUGAAGAUUCAGUUGCUAAUAGAUCUUUGUUGCACAACAUGCCCGCACACCAAAAACCUGUCGGAGGGAACGGUACCAAUAAGACUCUGACGGAGACCGUAACGGAGAUGCUUGCACCGGCGUACACCAUGUUGUCGGAGGCAGCCCAGACGAUAGCUUCGAAGAUCCAAAGUCCAGGAAGCGGCCGGUAUGAGUUAGGAGCGAAGCAGAUAUGGGAUAAGGGGAUUUCGGUGAAGGAGUAUCUUAUGCACAAGCUGGAGCCUGGGGAAGAAGAUAGAGCACUCUGUCAGGUGAUCACCAAGGCUGUGAGCCCAAGGAAUGCUGGUGAAGCCCAGGGUGAAGCGGUCUCUUCUUUGCGGUCAAGGGAAGAGCUACGUGAGACGCAAACCCCAGUUUCCACAAAUCCUCGUGCACGUCAAGGACCGAUCCCGGUUUCUACAAAUCCUCCUGCACGCGAGACACCUACCCCAACUUCUACACAUCUUCAUGCACAUAUGUCACCCGUCCCAGUUCCUGCAAAGCUUCAUGCAUUGGAGUCAUCCAACCCAGUUUCUACAAAUCUUCGUGCGCAUGGGCCGUCCACCACGGUCUCCCCAAAUACUCAUACAGAAGAAGUUGAAAUUGGCGGAAGGAGACUCCAGGCAUAUACCAACUGAGAGGCUCUGACUUAUACGAACGAACACUUAAUCAAAAGGAACAGAGGAAAUCAUGGCCUACGUGAUCAACGAGUGCGCGUUAGGGAGCAGCAGUUUCCUGGUUUUGAAGAUUUUGUAGGUGAUCUUCGAUAUCUCUGAAGUGAUGUACCCUAAAUAAUGAGAUUCAUUACCUUUUGAAUUCAACAUAACGUGGUCGCGAGCAUUGGUUCACAUGUUCCGACUUUUGUAUAU